AGUAGUAGUACUCCAAAAAAAAAAAAAAAAGAAUAUCUCUUCAUCCUUAAUUCCUUAUUCUCAACAUUUCAUCCAUGCCCUUUAAGAUCAUCCCCCUACCUUCAUCCUCUCCCUUAUUUGAAACUAAUCAUUCAUUUUGGAUUGCCUCUUCCACCUUCAUGACUCACCAUGACAGAGAAGAUAUUUUGUUGCAUGGUGAUGAGGAUCAAGAUUGAUUGCAAUGGCUGUCUGAUGAAAGUUAGAAAGGCACUUCUCAGUAUUCCAGAGUUGGAGAAGCAUUUGAUAGAGCAGAAGCAUAGCAGAGUGAGUGUGUGUGGAAGAUUUGUGCCACAAGAUGUAGCAAUCCAGAUAAGGAAAAGGACUAACCGCAGGGUGGAGAUAUUGGAUGUGCAAGAGUUCAAUGAAAUCCCAGAACACAAACAACCCCCCUUGUUCAUAACUUCAUAGUUCAUCCAUCCUCUCCCAUCUUAAUUGUAAUCAGCUUAGCUUUCCUUUUCCUAAUUAAUAUCUGCUACUGUACAAUUUUUUUUUCUUUUUCCCUAGUGAUAUUCAUUAAAUUUUACAUAGUUGAAACCUUGAAAAAGAGGUUAGCCUAUUUAUUAA